AUGUCAACAGGGUUUAGGGGGGUUUCGACCUUGCAGAUCGCGAGGAAGGUAGCGGUGGCCUGCUGCUGUUGUUGCACGUUCUGGCUCAGUGGAGGGAGGGAGUGUUCGCGGUCACCACAGCAACGUCGCGGCUGCCAUGCUGCUGCCAGGGUGGUGACCGCGGCGAGCACGCGGCCAAGGGCUCGGGCGACGUCGUGCACGGAGUUUGGUGCAGAGCGUCGUCGUGGGCAGCAUGGCGUCGUGGACGAAGAGCUCGCGAUGCAGGGGCUCGACGCUUGGCGUGCGGCGGACGGCUCCGGUGCGGCGUCAUGGAUGGAGCUCGGCGGAGAGGGCGCGGCGUCGCUCCUGGACGUGGCGACCGUGGCGAGCACGCGGCCUGCUGGUGUCGUCGCGGCGGCCGGGGCGAGGGCGAGGCCGACACAGCGCGGUCGUCACGGGCUCGCCACGGGUUCAGUCCGCGGCGUCGCGGCUGCGGGCGACGUCGUAGGGCAUCGGUGUCGGAGCGGGCAGGCGAGGUCGAGGACGCGAGCGCGCGGUCGUCCAUGGUCGCGAGUCCGCGCUCGGCCUCGACUCGACGGAGCGGCUCCGGUGUCGUGGCUGAGGGCAGCUCGGCAGGGCAACAGCGGGGCGAGGCCGAUGGCGUCGGGCAGGAGGUGGCGAGCGGCUUCGUUGGGGGAGGAGACGGCGGCGGCUGGGAUGGGCUCCAGGAGAAAGGAGGCGCUGCUCACGGCUUUUAUAGGGGCGGCGCCUAGGGUUUUGGGGUGGCCGUCCAUCCUCGGCGUCCGUGCCGUGGGCGGGCCGCGUGGCGCGAAUCGCGGGGCGCGACGUCCGGGUGCGUGCGUGUCGCGGCGGCGGCGGCUCGGCCUGGGAGCGGGCGCACUAGGGUUGGGGCACAGGGGGCGCGGCUCGGCCGGGCCGAGAUGGCCAGCUGGGUCGCGCGCGCGAGUUGGGCCGGGGCAGGUAGUUGGGCCGCGUGUGGGGGGCAGAGGGGGAAGGUGGGCCAGGCGGGGAGACAGGGGGAGCGAGGCGGGCCGAGGUGCUGCGUCGCUGGGCCGGGGCGAGGCAGGGGAGGGGAGUGGGCCGCGGGGAAUCCAGUUGGGCCGAGGAGGGGAGGCAGAGAGCUGGCUGGGCUGGAGGAAAGAGAGCAGGCCGGCCGGGCCAGGAGAAGGAGUGGGAGGAAGGGGAAAGGUUUAG